CUCCAAACCAGCAGCUGCCAUCGCUACCGGAUCACGCGAUCCUCUCCGAUCCGGGAGCAUUUCACCCCUGAUUUCAUGAACUUCCAGGCCACACAAUUGUGCUCCUGCAAGAAAAGAUAAUUUUUUAACCUUCGUGUCUAACUCAUCACCAUGCGGUUUUUGAUGGGGCUCUUCUUCUUCUCCGUCCUCCUGACUGCAGGUAGUUCCUUGAGGUGUGAAUAUUGUGUAUCAACUACUUCAAAUUGUUCUGGUCCAAGAAAAGUAUGUGCUCAUAAGAACAGUGUCUGCAUGUUUUUGAUAACUGAAAUUAAUACAACGGUAAAAAUUCCUGCCAGCAUGAAACGUUGCAGCAGUAUAGAUGAUUGCAAGCAUUAUGAAAGUCUAAAAGGGAAGUAUUUAUCUGGCCAGCCGCUCAACAUAACAGAUAAUUUGUCUGGCCUUCUAGUUGGAUCUGUCAUUCAAGACGUUAUCUGCGGCAAAGUCCUUUUUUCCUUUGCAUUCCACCUUGUACCCUUCUUCCCAGCAUUCCUUGGGCUCCUCCUGAUGAAGCUUCUCUUCUAAAGCUCUUCCUUCCACCCAAGAAAUUGUCUCCUUUUUCUUGGCCAGUAUGUCCUCUCCAGCUGAUCAGGCGGGAUCUUGGAUGUUAUGCGUAUGUGUCUAAAUUUAAUGUGUUAAAUUUUAAAUGGAAACCAGUUAAGCCAACAGAAAUACAAUCAGCCGC